ACUUCCUGGAGCUGCCGGCCGGGGCCGCUCGCUGCACUCAGCGCCGGAGCCGGGAGCGUGCGGCCACCGCCAUGUCCCACCAGACCGGCAUCCAAGCAAGUGAAGAUGUUAAAGAUAUUUUUGCCAGAGCAAGAAACGGAAAAUACAGACUUCUGAAAAUAUCUAUUGAAAAUGAGAAACUUGUGAUUGGAUCAUAUAGUCAGCCUUCAGAUUCCUGGGAUAAGGAUUAUGAUUACUUUGUUUUACCCCUGUUGGAGGACAAACAACCGUGCUAUAUAUUAUUCAGAUUAGACUCUCAGAAUGCCCAGGGAUAUGAAUGGAUAUUCAUUGCGUGGUCUCCAGAUCAUUCUCAUGUUCGUCAAAAAAUGUUGUAUGCAGCAACAAGAGCAACUCUGAAAAAGGAGUUUGGAGGUGGCCACAUUAAAGAUGAACUAUUUGGAACAGUAAAGGAAGAUGUAUCAUUACAUGGAUAUAAAAAAUAUUUGCUGUCACAAUCUUGUCCUGCCCCAUUGACUGCAGCUGAGGAAGAAUUACGACAGAUUAAAAUUAAUGAGGUACAAACUGACGUGAGUGUGGACACUAAGCAUCAAACACUACAAGGAGUAGCAUUUCCUAUUUCUCGAGAAGCUUUUCAUGCUUUGGAAAAAUUGAAAAACAGACAGCUCAACUAUGUGCAAUUGGAAAUAGAUAUAAAAAAUGAAAUUAUAAUUUUGGCCAACACAGCAAAUACAGAACUAAAAGAUUUGCCGAAGAGGAUUCCCAAGGAUUCAGCACGUUACCAUUUCUUUCUGUAUAAACAUAACCAUGAGGGAGACUAUUUGGAGUCCAUAGUUUUUAUUUAUUCAAUGCCUGGAUACACAUGCAGUAUAAGAGAACGGAUGCUGUAUUCUAGCUGCAAGAGCCCUCUGCUAGAAAUUGUAGAAAGACAACUACAAAUGGAUGUCAUUAGAAAGAUCGAGAUAGACAAUGGGGAUGAGUUGACUGCAGAAUUCCUUUAUGAAGAAGUACAUCCCAAGCAGCAUGCACAUAAGCAAAGUUUUGCAAAACCAAAAGGUCCUGCGGGAAAAAGAGGAAUUCGAAGACUAAUUAGGGGUCCAGCUGAAACUGAAGCCACUACUGAUUAAAAUCAUUAUAUAUUACAAUACUAGUUUUUUUAAAAGUCAGCUUUUAGUACAGGAGAACUGAAAUCAUUCCAUGUUGAUAUAUAGUUGGGAAAAAAUUGUACUUUUUGAAAAAUAGCACUUUUCACUUCUGUGUGUUUUUAAAACUAAUGUUAUAGAAAACUCAUGAUUUCUAUUUUUGAGUUAAAGCUAGAAAAGGGUUCAACGUAGUGAUGUCUAAUUUUGUCACACUGUUUUCAUAGAAGUGUGAUGAUUCCACACUUUCACAUAAUUCUUAAAAUUUUAUAUAGUUGGGCCAAUUCCAGAAAGUCUAGUGUCUCAAAGUAAGAUAUACUUAUUACUCUUUAGUGAGACAUCAAAUUUUUUUGUUUAAGGGAGAGAGAAAGACCUUAAAAUGUUCAUACUACUUAAUGAAUAUGUUAAGGACCAGGUUAGAUUAUUUUCUAAGCUGAAAACUUUGUGCCUAGGAAAAGGUGGAAAGUUGCUCACUCUGAGGAGCAGUGCUAACUCUCAGAUUGUGGGAUCAUAUACUUUUAGCAAUAGUGCUUUAUUGCAGCAGUCUUUUCUAUUUGACUUUUGGGUUAUUUAAAAGGCAUUAAAAUUUCAGAAGAUCAGCUCGCUCUGAAACCUUAAGGGUACUAGAUAUUUUCUAUACUGCAGGAUUUCUGAUGACAUUGAAAGAUGUGUUUAAACAGCUGUAGUAAAUUCUCUUUCUAGUGCUUUAAAAUAUUUCCUUUUCAAAAGUAAGUCAUUUCAUAAUAAGUAAUGUGAGGCCAAAUAUUUAUGUUCAGAUUGAAUAUUAAAUUAAUAUUCAAAAGCAAACAAAAGUAAAGUCAACAAUAGUGAAAAAGUUUUAAACAUCAAAAUUGAUUUUUCUCCGAAAUCAUAUAUUUAUAGACUAAUUGUGUUCUUUAUCACUUUUGAGCAAAUAUUUGGAUUUAAUAAAAUUGUUUUAAAGUCCUAGUACUUAUCAGUCUAACACCGAUAAACACUUAAGAAUCUUGUUUCAAUUUAUAUCUUAUUUCAAAACACAUUUAACUGUUUUCUAAAGCUUUGCCUUUUCAGUUACAACGUACAGAGAUUUUGAGCCUCAUUUUUCUCUGAUACUUGAAAAUAGAGGGAGCUAGAACACUUCAUCAUGUUCAAUCUGUUAAACCUGCUGCAAGAGCCAUCACUUUGAGGAGUUUUCUGAAUGAACUGUGGGGAUCCAGGAUUUAGAAUUUCUUAAUCUAAACUUUAUGCUGCAUAAAACAUAUCAGAAAUGCACA